AUAAUUUAGGCACAGAUUUUAAGACACUUUCCAAUAGCCAGCGCAAGAAAAAUGACCACCGGCGACGCCGCCAUCCCACCAAUGGCCAACACCGAUCCCGUAUCUCAACCACCACCACUGGAUAAAACGCCACCACAGCCCCCACCGCCACCGCAAGAUCCAACGCCACCCCCACCGCUAUUGCCACCGCCAACGCAUCUGCAGUCCUCCCCAAUUUCAACCACCCCUGCACCCAUCCGCUCUAUCACCCCCGGCACUACCUCUGCCAACAUUACUCCUCGCUUGCCGGAAACUGACGUCAUCAACUUACCCAGUUAUUCCAGGUGGUUUGCAUGGAACAGAAUCCAUGAUGGAGAAAUCAGGUUCCUUCCUGAAUUCUUCGAUGGAAGAUCCCCUUCUAAAAAUCCUAUGGUGUACAAAUACUACAGAAACACCAUCAUUCGUCGGUUUAGGGAAAACCCUACCCGAAAAAUCAACUUUACCGAGGUCCGAAAGACUCUAGUUGGGGAUGUUGGCUCAAUCCGAAGGGUUUUUGAUUUCCUAGAGACCUGGGGUUUGAUUAAUUACACAGGCUCAACUUCCAGCAGGAAUCAGCUGAAAUGGGAAGACAAAGAAGCUAAGGCCUCUUCCCAUGGUGGAGAAGCCAAUGCAAGUUCAGUGGAUAUUCCGGUCCCAAAGAAGAGAUUGUGCAGUGGCUGCAAGUCACCUUGCAGCUUUUCCUGUUUUUCUUGUGAUAAGUAUGAUAUGAUUCUUUGUGCAAGAUGCUAUGUACGAGGUAAUUACAGGGUAGGCUUACAUUCUUCAGAUUUUAAAAGAGUUGAGCUUAACGAAGAGGCAAAGACGGAUUGGAAUGAGAAGGAGACAUUGCUCCUCCUAGAAGCUGUCAUGCAUUUUGGCGAUGACUGGAAGAAGGUGGCAGGGCAUGUGGGUGGUAGGAGUGAGAAAGAGUGUGUUUCCCGCUUUGUAAAGCUGCCUUUCGGUGAGCAGUUUGUUGGACCUCCAGAAUCUGCUGAAGCGGAUAGUGAACCAUUUUCCGCCAAAAGGGUGAAACUGACACCCCUUGCUGAUGCAAGCAACCCUAUAAUGGCUCAGGCAGCUUUUCUCUCAGCUUUAGCAGGAGCUGAGGUUGUGGAAGUAGCAGCUCAUGCUGCAUUAAAAUCUCUAUCUGAAUUUGGGACGGGAAAAUUUAAGAGUCAUCUAUUAUCUUUACCUACUAAUGAAGAAAAGAAAGAAUUUGAUGAUGAAGCAUCCAAUGAUUCCCAUUCUGUACAUAGAAUUGAAGGAGCUCUUGCUGAAGCACAGUUGCAACUUGAUAAAGAAGAACUGAAUGUGGAGACUGCAAUUUCUCAAGUUUCUGAUCAGAUAAAAGAGAUUGAAGAAAAGAUAGCACAUUUUGAGGACAUGGAAUUACACACAGAAAGGGAGUUACACUUGGUGCAACAACUCCAGAAUCAGCUGUUUGCAGACCGGCUUAAUUUGAUGUUGAAUGAUAAUGCUAAUAGCAAAGUUACUUCUGAAAAAGCUGGGGCAUAACUAACAAUGAGUGAAUAACAAGAUAGAGUAAUGUUAUAUAACGCUCAACACCAUUUCUCCUAGGUGCUAGCAACUCAGAUCUUAUUAGUUGGCUGUGCAUUCUAAUUUCUCAAGCCUUAGUUUAAGAAAGUUGGUUUCACUUGCUCCCAUAUAUAUAUAUAUAUAUAUAUAUAUAUAUAUUGUGUACGCCAUUUUCAUAGGAGGCAAUGUACCAUCCAUCCUGAGAAGUUUAGGGCAUGUGUUUUUGGCUUGCUCACCUCAGACUGUUAGGAGAAUGUAAUGUAACAUUA